AUGUCCGAAACCAUCCAAAACCUUGCAUCUUACGACCCCUUUGCUGAUACCGGAGACGAGGAGGCAGGGUCAAAGGCCCAGGGCUAUAUUCAUAUUCGGAUCCAACAACGAAACGGUCGAAAGACUUUGACUACUGUCCAAGGCUUGCCUGCUGAACUCGACCAAAAGAAGUUAUUGAAGGCUUUCAAGAAGGAAUUCGCAUGCAACGGCACUCUUGUGCAGGAUGAAGAGUUGGGCGAAGUAAUUCAAUUGCAAGGAGAUCAACGUUUGAAGAUUCAAGCAUUCCUGACUCAAGAAGAAAUCGUCACAAAGGAUAAAAUCAAAAUUCACGGUUUCUAA